CCCCAUUAUUCUCUUCAUCCUCUCUCUCUCUCUCUCUUCAUUUGUUCUUCAUCUUCUUUCCAGUUAAUGCACUCAUCACUGUGUAGAUUUCAAUGGCGUCUUUAAAUUAAAUGCUCUUAAUCUACAUCCCAGGGUUCUUUGAUUUGUGGGUUCUUGACAGAUUUGCCUUAUCGCAAGAUCUUUUAAGUUGGGUUUUGUUUAAUUUCUUCGGAUUUUUAUUCAUUUAAUCAAUGGAGAUUUCAGUCGAUAACAAAAAACCCACAAAUCUUCAAGUUAAAGGACAGAAGAUGACUACUAGAAAGUUUGGUGUUGAUGUUAGCAAUAACAGAAGAGCUUUGGGUGUGAUUAAUCAGAAAGGAGGAGCUCAACUUUACCCCUGUGCUGUAAACAAGAGAACUUUACCACAAGCAAAUGGAAACAAUGAGAACAGUGUUCCAAAUCAAGUUCAUAGGCCAAUCACAAGGAAACUUGCUGCUCAAAUUGCCAACAAGAAACAGUGUUUCCCCGAGGAUGUUUUGAACCCAAAACAAUCAUCUGAGAGUUUUAAGGUAUGGGAAGACAUGGAAGAUCAACCUGUUCCCAUGUCCUUGGAAACAACAGAACCUCAAAAAGAUCAUAUGCAGGAAGUUGAAAUGGAGGACAUAUUUGAAGAACCAGUUGUUGAUAUCGAUGUCUCAGACACCAAAAAUCACCUUGCUGUUGUUGAAUAUGUUGAAGAUCUUUAUGCCCAUUACAGAAAGAUGGAGAGUUAUGGCAUGGUUUCACCUAACUAUAUGUUAACACAACAAUCUGACAUCAAUGAAAGAAUGAGAGCAAUACUAAUUGACUGGCUUGUUGAGGUGCACCACAAGUUUGAUCUUCAACAAGAGACACUGUUCUUGACAGUUAAUCUGAUAGACAGAUUCUUGGCUAAACAAAGUGUGGUUAGAAAGAAGUUGCAAUUGGUUGGUUUGGUUGCCAUGCUUUUAGCUUGUAAAUAUGAGGAAGUUUCUGUUCCUGUGGUUGAUGAUUUGGUUUUCAUCUCAGACAAAGCAUACUCCAGAACUGAAAUUCUUGAAAUGGAAAAGUUAAUGUUGAACACAUUAGAGUUCAACAUGUCAGUUCCAACACCAUAUGUGUUCUUGAAAAGAUAUCUGAAGGCUGCGCAAUCUGAGAUAAAACUGGAGCAAAUGUCGUUUUACUUGAUGGAACUUUGCCUUGUGGAAUACGAAAUGAUCAAAUUCACCCCCUCGUUUUUGGCUGCAGCUUCCGUUUACACUGCUCAAUGCAGUCUUUAUGGGCUAAAACAAUGGUCAAAGACAUGUGAAUGGCAUACAAACUACACCGAAGAUCAACUUCUGGAAUGUUCAAGAAUGAUGGUGAAAUGCCAUGAAAAGGCAGGAACAGGGAGAUUAACAGGAGUUUACAGGAAGUACAAUACUUCAAAGUUUGGGUAUGCAGCGAAGUGUGAGCCAGCAAACUUUAUUGUUGUAGAAGAAGGGAGCCAACAAUGAAGAAUUAUGAAAGUUUGGGGUUGGUUUUAACAACUGAGGAAUUCUGAGGGGUCGUUUAGAGAAUAAUUUAGCAACUUACCUUGUUGCCCUUGGGCUUUUGGGGUGGGGUGGUGGGGAUUAAUUAGUUUUUUUCAUGGUGGUUCAAAUUGUGUGAACAACCAAAUAGGCCUAAUGUUUGUUCAUGUUGAACAUAAUUAUUGAUCUUGUGAUUUAACAUUUUUACAAUAAUAUCAUCAUAACUUACUUUUUAA